CGUGCAGCACUUUGGAUCUUUCAAGUGUUAAACAAACAGGAAACGCAGAACAACGUCUGUCCUCUGCUCUCCAGCAACGCGCAGUCUGCGCAUGCUCAGUUCACUGCUAAGGAAGGGGAAAAUGUCUUUGACGAGCUUUUUACCGGCGCCGACCCAGCUGUCUCAGGACCAGCUGGAGGCAGAGGAGAGGCUCCGGGCCCAGAAGUCCUACUCGACCGCCUUGGUGUCGUCCCGCAGAGAGCCCCCUCCUUAUGGACACAGGAAAGGCUGGGUGCCUCGCUCACUGGAGGAUUUUGGAGAUGGAGGCGCUUUCCCAGAGAUCCAUGUUGCCCAGUUUCCUCUGGAGAUGGGUCGGAAGAGAAGGACAAACAAUGCCCUGGCGGUGCAGGUGGACGCAGAAGGAAAGAUCAAAUAUGACGCCAUCGCCAGACAAGGACAGGGCAAGGAUAAGGUGGUCUUCAGCAAGUACACAGACCUUCUUCCAAAGGAAGUUCUGAAUGAAGAUGCUCCAGAACUGCAGAGGCCUGAUGAGGAGUCGGUACAAGAGCUGACGGAGAAGACCCGAGCUGCCCUGGAUAAACAGGUGUCUCAAAAGAUCGCUGCUGCCAUGCCUGUGAGAGCUGCAGACAAACAAGCUCCUGCACAGUACAUCAGAUACACCCCGUCCCAGCAGGGAGUGGCUUUUAACUCAGGGGCCAAACAGAGGGUGAUCCGCAUGGUGGAAAUGCAGAAAGAUCCGAUGGAACCUCCACGAUUCAAGAUCAACAAGAAGAUUCCUCGAGGACCUCCAUCUCCCCCCGCUCCUGUCAUGCAUUCCCCAAGCAGAAAGAUGACAGUGAAGGAACAGCAGGAGUGGAAGAUUCCUCCGUGCAUCUCCAACUGGAAAAACGCUAAGGGUUACACCAUUCCUCUUGAUAAACGAUUGGCCGCUGAUGGAAGGGGCCUGCAAACAGUUCACAUCAACGAAAACUUUGCCAAGCUGGCUGAGGCGCUCUACAUUGCCGAUAGAAAGGCCAGAGAGGCGGUGGAGAUGAGAGCACAGGUAGAGAAGAAGAUGGCCCAGAAGGAGAAGGAAAAAAAGGAGGAGAAGCUGAGGGAGCUGGCCCAAAUGGCUCGAGACCGCAGGGCAGGGAUCAAGAGUCACGGGGAUAAAGGUGGCGAGGACGGCGAGGCCAGGGAGCGUGACGAAAUCCGCCAUGACAGAAGGAAAGAGAGACAGCACGACAGGAACAUUUCCAGGGCGGCUCCUGAUAAGAGGUCGAAGCUGCAGAGGGACCAGGACAGAGACAUCAGUGAGCUCAUCGCUCUCGGCGUCCCCAACCCACGUUCAGCCAGCGAGGCCCAGUACGACCAGAGACUCUUCAACCAGAGCAAGGGUAUGGAUAGCGGUUUCGCGGGUGGUGAGGACGACACAUACAACGUGUACGACCAGCCGUUCCGCGGCGGCAGAGACAUGGCGUCAAACAUCUACAGGCCCAGCAAGAAUAUCGAGAAGGACGCCUACGCAGAUGACUUCGACUCACUCAUGCAAAACAACAGGUUUGUUCCGGACAAAGAGUUUUCAGGUGCCGACCACGGGCAGAGACGGGAAGGGCCGGUCCAGUUUGAGGAGGAUCCUUUUGGUCUGGACAAGUUCUUGGAGGAGGCCAAGCAGCACGGCGGCUCCAAGAGGCCCUCCACCAGCGGCCGCUCAAAGGACGACUACCACGACAAGAAGCGCAGGAAGGAGUGAGUCCGGCCGUGCACAGAGUCCACGUAGGGCAGCUGCGAGCGUGUGAGAGGACGGGGAGAAAGUCGGCACCCUGUCGGCGGUCAACAGGUGUUUUAAUAUACUCAAGUCUCUAUCAGGAAAGAUCUGUCAGAAUGCUUGUUUUCUGUGAGUGUGAGAGAGGGUGAAUGAUGUCUAAUAUGCUCUUUUUUUUUCCCCUCGUUUUUUCACAUUUUUGUUUACUCUGCUCUAUUCCGAAGAUUAAGCAUUUUUGUUGUCGUGUUAAAUAUGACACGUUACAUCUCACACAAGUGGAGCUGAACUGAAAGCUGUCGCACGUGUGUGAUCAUCUGAAAACAUCUUUCUGUACAUGUCAAUCAGAUGUUGGAGGUGAUAUCUGAUGAUAUUCAGGCCCUUUGAAAUGUGUAGAUCUUAGUUAUUGUAUCUUUUUUUAGUCUCUUUUUUUAUUUUACAUGUAUACAGAGUGCAGCCAGCGAGGAUUUGUCCAUUUACAUUGUCAUUUCCCCCCAUUUGAGUUUUUGUUCACUGUGUUGUAUUUAAGCCUCUGGUGUAUUUGUGAACACGGUCAAAGCCUGUAUUUGAUGGCAGAUAUGUACAGCAGUAUAAAUCAGUAAGAUGUAAAGCAAAACUAGCUUUAUAAUUCUUGUACAUUACUACCAAUGGAAUAAAUUUCAUAAAGUGUGUAAUUGGUA